CAUCAGUUCUAGUCGAGCCGUAGAUCGGAACGCACGCUUUUGCUUAGCGAAAAGGCGGGAAAAUCGCGAAACUUUAUUCGAAAUUUGAAAAUUAUAGAUUGUAAAAAUGGAUUUUCUAUUUAAAUAUCUGACUGUGUGGUGUUUCUGGCCAGUGUGAUUGUUCAUUACCGUUUUCGAACGAAAAGUUUAAAAAUGGAUUUGACUCCUUGGAGAUUUUGUUUGGUGUUUUUAUUAUUAUUUUUUGGUACUGCGCUUUCGCUUGGAGAUUAUGAUAGUAAAACAAAUUUACAUGAAAGGUUUUUGUGGGGUAAUACGUCCAGGCAUCGAUGGAGCAUUUUAUAUAAUGAACCAUAUUCAGGGUUGCGGUAUAAAAGGUAUAUACAAAUGGCUUUAUCACAGCAUUUUUCUGAGAUCAAUGUCAUGCCAGGAGCUGAUGUCACUCUUCAGUGUACGGUGACAGGGCCGCAUCCAGUGAGAUUUAUUUGGGAAAGGGACGGACUCGUUAUAUCUUCUAACACGGAUUUGAGGUACACUAUUGGACAAACCAUGAGUCCUGAUGGUGGGGCGGUGACUCACCUGAACAUGUCACAUGUGAGGGUGGACGACGGCGGAUUAUUCUCCUGUGUCGCUCAUAACGGAGACAGUAUUAUUGCACACUACGACAGGAUUAAUGUUUUUGGUCCACCAUACAUUAGAACGUUGCCACCUUUUAAAGUGCAAAGUGGUCAAAGUGUCACACUUCGAUGCCCUUAUUACGGUUAUCCUGUAAGAGAAAUAACAUGGGAGUACAAAGGCAAAGAGAUAAUUUCCGACGUAUCCACCCAGACUAAUAGAUUUAGAAGAUUCGUCAACAGCACUUCCCUGAACAUAGAGAUUUUCGGACGUAAGCCCAAAUUAAGAGCUAAAAGAGAAGCGACCGUUAAUGAUGGAGUUCUAAGUAUUGCAAAGGUCACUAAGAAUGAUAAUGGAGCAUUAUACGCUUGUGUGGUUAGGAGCCCUUCAGGAGAAAUGGCGAAAAGGCCUCUAGAACUACAUGUAGUUGAACCUCCGCAGUUAGAGGAGAUUCUUCUAGCUUCAGACCUGCAAGAAGGACAAAUAGUUCAAAUACAUUGUAAUCUAAAGAGCGGGGAUUCACCCGUUUAUUAUUCUUGGCUGAAAGAUGGGAAGAAAAUUGAUCCACAUUUAAAGAUUGUAGAGAGGAGUUUAGAAGUGUUCAGUGUGCUGAUAAUCAAGAACGUAUCUUUAGAACACUGUGGGACAUACACGUGUGUCGCAGCAAAUCAUGUUGCUAAGGUCAAUCGUACUGUCAACUUGUAUAUUAAGGUGGCCCCAAAAUGGAGCGAAGAACCACAAAACACAUCACUGUUAUUGGGACGAAGCGGUCACAUAUCUUGUAGUGCCAAUGGUUAUCCACAGCCGCAAACACAUUGGUUGAAAAGAGACGUGGUAUCAGAAACCUGGCAUCCAGUUUUAGAAGUGGCAGGAGGGGGAGUAUUGAGUUUAUCGAAUGGUUCCCUAAUAUUCGAUUCGGUAGCUCUCUCUGAUGCUGGUCUGUAUACUUGUCAUGUUGAAAACGGAGUUGGCGAAGCCCUUAGUAAAACUAUUUGGAUCUCUGUUAACAAACCAGUUACAUUUGAUGUACUGUCCAGGAAUCUCACAGCUAAGCUGGGUCAACAUGUGACGAUAGAAUGUCAAGCAAAAGGUGAUGACCCUAUUAGAAUGAUGUGGACGAGGAAUGGGAAACCAGUCAACCCUUUGACACAGAGAGUUAAGAUAUCAGAAGCCAAAACAGAUGAUGGUAUGACAAACACCUUAGAACUUCUACAGACAGAGACAAGCGACGGUGCCUUAUAUCAGUGCAGAGCUGGCAACCCGUUCGGGGCUGAUGUGUUUAGUGUUCAUCUCACCAUUUUAGAACCUCCGAUCCCACCUUCAGAUCUAUCAGUGGACUCGGUGAAGAGCAGAUCAGUAAAGCUGUCAUGGAGAGACAUGACCAACUCUUUGGCUCAGUACUACAGCGUGCAGAUCACGAGCAGCCAGCGAUUGUCGUGGAGUACUGCUAGGACUAUUAAUAUCACUAGGCUAGACGACAUCAGACACACGUUAGAUAUAGAAGAUCUACAACCGUCUACAGCGUAUACCGCUAGGGUGGCUGGUGGAAACCAGGCUGAUAUCAGCCAUUUCUCGGCUCCUGUGAGAUUUACUACAACUGAAGAAGCACCAUCUUCGCCACCUUUAGGCGUACAAAUAGAACAGACGGAUAGCCCAGGGGAGCUGAAAGUAAAGUGGUUACCGCCACCAUCGGACGCUCAUAACGGUCUCAUCAUGGGAUACAGAUUGAGAGCUAUGCCGCAAUUGAAUGGUAUAAAAGAUGCCGAGGAGUCGAGUGACAAAAUAAUAAAAACUUCGUCGUUAUAUUCGAAACAGGAGACAGUUAUAACAGGAUUGCUCAAAGGCGUACGGUACGCAGUUUCGGUAUCAGCAUUUAAUAGCGCGGGUAUCGGUCCAUUUUCAAUCCCAUUGUUCCAAGAUACAAGAGAAGGAGCUCCAGAAGAAGGACCAUCAUCAGUGGAGUGUGGAGGGGUGACGUCAACUGCUCUAAGGAUCAGCUGGCAACCCAUCCCGCCGCACAAGCAAGCUGGCGCGCUUGUUGGCUACAUCGUUCUGUAUGCUGCACAAUCUCGACAAUGGUUGAACGCGACGUCGCUCGUCACAGAGCUGCGUCUACAAGGCUUGCUCAAGUUCACCAAUUACACCGUCAAAGUGGCAGGCUUCUCCAAUUAUGGACUGGGGCCGUUCAGCUUUCCUAUUGUCUGCGCUACGUUGCAGGAUGUGCCAGAUGCGCCUUCGGAAAUAAAACUACUGGUGCAGUCCUCCAACUCUCUAUUGGUGAGCUGGAAGAAACCCAAUCAACCGAAUGGAAGACUGUUGCAUUAUACAAUUUACUGCAAGCCUACGGCGAGCAACGACGGACCCCAAACUAUCAGAACUGAUGCUCAGCAAACCCACGACGCGUACGAGCGAACCCAGGCGGUGGAACUGAAGGCUUUGUCUGAUGGCAGACAGUAUGAUGUGUGGGUCACAGCCAGCACUGUCGUCGGCGAAGGACCUGAUAGCAAACAUGUUACCAAUACACCAUCACAGAAAGUGGUAGCGGGAGUCGCUUCAUUAAGUGGAGAAGUCACAGUGGCAGUAAGGAACUCCCUACUUCUAGAAUGUAGGAGUGUUGGCUCUCCUCCGCCCAGGACUGUGUGGUACCACAACCAAAACAUCAUCACUCACCAUCCCAGGUUCACGAGGAAUAAUGAUGACAGCCUUUUGAUCAAAAGCAUCGACCAGUCUCUAAGCGGAAACUACACCUGCCUAGCUAAGAAUCUCUAUGGCUCUGACUCAGUAGUGUAUACCGUUAAGGUGCUACCACUACCUGACCCACCAGCUGUCAAGGCAACUCCAUACAAAGAUUACAUUGUGGUCGAAUGGGACGAUGUUCGCAGCUAUGCUAAUGACUCUUUGGUGUAUGGAAUUAGUUACAAUCUGACGUGGCGCGAAGUAGAUGGGCCUUGGCAAGAGGCUUGGCCUGUAGCUCGAGAGACCAGGUUACCUGGUCUUCAACAGCACACUCUGGCGGGAUUGAAGUGUGGCACUAAGUAUUCCAUCAGAGUAACGGCUACUGACAAUAUUGGUACUUCGGCGCCGGCGCAUGUUGAUGUUACUACGUUGGGAGGCGCACCAAUUUCGCCGCCAUCGACGGACUGGUUGUGGAGCAACGCGACGCACAUCUACAUCCAGCUGAGCGGGUGGGAUGAUGGCGGGUGUGACGUCACCAAGUGGGAGGUGGACUACAGAAUCCUCGGCUCGCAUUCUUGGCACAGAGCUGAGAAUAAAGCGCCAAUGGAUUUAAACCUCGGCUGGAGCUAUAUGGAAACUCACUACCAGGCUCCCCCAUUGCGCUCCAUACCAACAUCCUACGCGGUCGGAACUCUCGCUCCCGCAAACUGGUACCAGCUGCGAGUGACUGCGACAAAUGAUGCUGGCGUAGCUUCUACUGUUUAUACGUAUGCUACAAAGAAUGUUGAUGGAGGGGAAAUUGGGCCGCCGUCGGAAUUCCUUGACAUCAACACGCUGGUCAUCGUAUGCAGCUCCGUGCUCCUAGUGGUUUGUCUCAUUGCCUUCUUCUGCAUCCUGUUUAGGAGACACAGACAAAACUACACGUCGCAAUACCGCCACUCGAUAGCCGAAGAGGUCAAGUCAAGAAAUGAGAGUGUGGCUUCCCAUUCGGAGCAUAAGGAGAGGUAUGCUCACGCGCCGAGGAUAUACACGUCGCCAAUACAUCCGCGGAAAAGCAGUAAAAACGAAAUGUUCGAGAUCAGUCCCUACGCAGAGUUUGCGUUAGGGUUCCGUUCGUUCGACCACGUGGAGAACCAAGAUCUGCCGAGUCGUCUGCCAAGUAGACCACGAUUUGAUACUGAGACAAGUUUCCAAAAUCGUUCGGAGUCUGAUGACAGUGACAGUACUUCAAAAGCCACCGUAACAGCGAUGCCAAGACGACAUUGCAGAACACCACACCACAGAUAACGACAAAAUUAAAAAAAAAUGUAUACAUUUUUUACAUUUAAAUCGUUAAUUUCAACUGUUAAAGCAUAUCAAUAAACAGUAUAUUAAAUAUUUAAACAAUACUAUAUUUAGGAGGAAUUUAAUCUUAUAAAUUUUAUUUUAUUUAUUUAAACUUAUUAUAAGACUGAUGUUUUAAAAAUAGUAUAAGAUUUUUCCCAAUCCUUGAACUGUUUUAACUGCCAAAUUUUAUAUAAAUUAGUGUUGACUGCUCAUUAUUAAAUUCGAAAUAUUGAUUUAAAUUAUUUACUAUAUAUUUCUGAAAUAAAGCUUUUGUUUGUUAAUUUGCCAACUAAAAUCUACAUUAUAAAAUUAAUUUAGACUCGUAACUCCUUUUUUUUUUUGGAUUCGUAAAAAAUAUAUUCAAAGUAUGUAGUUGAUUUUAAUUUGAGGAAGAAAUUAUCUAGUCUACUUCCAAAUAAACAAUAAGUAAUAGGUACAGGAAACCGCGUGUCAAGUUACCCUGCAUGGAUCUUUAUACCGCGGUAAUAGGGACGAGUUUGCAAUGAUUUUGGAUAGCUUGAUGUGUUGUUAACUGUACAUAGGUUUUGUUUUAGAUAUUAUAGAAUUAAUGUGAAAAUAGUAAUAAAUGUUUGAGGUACACUG